AUGGCGAGGUGGUGGGGAGGGGAGGGGAGGGGAGGGAGCGGGACGCCGGUGGUGGUGAAGAUGGAGAGCCCGGAGUGGGCGAUAUCUGAGGUGUCGGCGGCGGCGGCGGCGCCGGGGUCGCCCGCGGCCGGGGGGAAGGCGGGGCGGGGCAAGAACGCGCGGCAGAUCACGUGGGUGCUGCUGCUCAAGGCGCACCGGGCGGCGGGGAAGCUGACGGGCGCGGCAUCGGCGGCGCUGUCCGUGGCCGCGGCAGCGCGGAGGCGGGUGGCGGCUGGGAGGACCGACUCCGACGACGCCGCCGCCGCGCCGCCCGGGGAGAGCCCCACGCUGCGCACGAGGUUCAACGGCUUCCUCCGCGCCUUCCUCCUCCUGUCCAUGCUCCUCCUCGCCGUCGACGUCGCGGCGCACAUCCAGGGCUGGCACCUCGGAGGCGCCGUCCCCGACCUUCUCGCCGUCGAGGGGUUCUUCGCCGCGGCGUACGCGUCCUGGAUGCGCGUCCGCCUCGAGUACCUCGCGCCGGGGCUGCAGUUCCUCGCCAACGCCUGCGUCGUGCUCUUCUUGAUCCAGAGCGCCGACCGCCUCAUCCUGUGCCUCGGCUGCUUAUGGAUCAAGCUCAAGGGAAUCAAACCCGUGCCUAAGGCCGGCGGCGGCAAAGGGUCGGACGACGUCGAGGCCGGCGCCGACGAGUUCCCAAUGGUCCUCGUGCAGAUUCCAAUGUGCAACGAGAAGGAGGUGUACCAGCAAUCCAUUGGUGCUGUCUGCAACCUGGAUUGGCCAAGGUCAAACUUCCUGGUACAAGUACUAGAUGACUCUGACGAUGCUGCCACCUCUUCUCUUAUUAAGGAGGAGGUGGAGAAAUGGCAGCGAGAAGGUGUCCGCAUAUUGUACCGACACCGGGUGAUCCGUGAUGGCUACAAGGCUGGAAAUCUCAAGUCAGCCAUGAACUGCAGUUAUGUCAAAGAUUAUGAGUUUGUUGUUAUCUUUGAUGCUGAUUUCCAACCACAGGCAGACUUCCUAAAGCGAACUGUUCCCCAUUUCAAGGGCAAUGAAGAUGUUGGAUUAGUUCAAGCAAGGUGGUCUUUUGUAAACAAAGAUGAGAACUUGCUAACUAGGCUGCAAAACAUUAAUCUGUGCUUCCACUUUGAGGUGGAACAGCAGGUUAAUGGGGUUUUCCUCAAUUUCUUUGGGUUCAACGGAACUGCAGGCGUGUGGAGAAUUAAGGCACUUGAGGACUCUGGAGGAUGGAUGGAGAGGACAACUGUGGAGGAUAUGGAUAUUGCUGUCCGAGCACAUCUCAAGGGGUGGAAGUUUCUGUACAUUAAUGAUGUUGAGUGCCAGUGUGAAUUGCCAGAGUCAUAUGAAGCAUACAGGAAGCAGCAGCAUCGAUGGCAUUCUGGUCCCAUGCAGUUGUUUAGACUCUGUUUUGUUGACAUCAUUAAAUCAAAGAUUGGAGUAUGGAAGAAGUUCAACCUCAUCUUCCUUUUCUUUCUCCUCCGCAAACUCAUUUUACCCUUCUAUUCCUUCACACUUUUCUGCAUCAUCCUUCCCAUGACAAUGUUUGUUCCUGAAGCUGAGCUCCCUGCAUGGGUUGUGUGCUACAUUCCAGCAACCAUGUCCUUGCUGAACAUCCUCCCAGCCCCCAAAUCUUUUCCAUUCAUUGUUCCCUACCUUCUGUUUGAGAAUACCAUGUCGGUGACGAAAUUCAACGCCAUGAUUUCUGGCCUGUUCCAGCUUGGGAGCGCCUACGAGUGGGUUGUCACCAAGAAAUCAGGCCGUUCUUCCGAGGGUGAUCUUGUUGCUCUUGUUGAGAAGCAGCCUAAGCAACAGAGAGUUGGGUCUGCACCCAAUCUUGAUUCCCUAGCGAAGGAGUCUCGUCCUAAAAAGGAUUCGAAAAAGAAAAAACACAAUAGGAUAUACCAGAAGGAACUAGCACUCUCCUUCCUUCUAUUAACAGCAGCUGCUCGAAGCCUGCUCUCAGUGCAGGGCAUACAUUUCUACUUCCUUCUGUUCCAAGGGGUCUCAUUCUUGGUUGUUGGUCUUGAUUUGAUUGGCGAGCAAGUCGAGUGAUAGAAUACAAGGGGUAUAAUCGGUUUCUUUUUUCUUUGGUGGGUGAUAUGGAAUCAAAGAUCACUUCUGGUAAAGGGAAAAUGAUACACAAUUUGAUGCAAACACAAGAAGCUCUGCUCCCAUUAGUAGGGGGGGCGGGUUACAGUUCAUCGGGGACACUGAAUUAUUGGGGUGUAGAUAUAUGGCUUUGGACUCGGCCUGCAAUGAUGGUGGUCUCAUUCUUUUGUAAGAAUUUUCAGUGGUUAGAAUGGGUUCUUUCUACUUACCUGACAGUUUACCUUCAAAUGGAGACACUGUUAUUUUAAAUGUACUCUGCCCUAUUACUACGAAUGCAUACUGUGGUACUUGUUCAACAGUACACCUUUGGAAACCUUUGGAUGAAAUAUAGUAUUGAGAACCCAGCAAUGAAAAAUGUGUUCUGUAUCACUGUAUGCAUGUAUUUUUGUGAAUGCAAUGUUGCAAGUAUGAAGUAUGCAUGGGAUUCGAGGAGUAUCAUGUGCCUGAUACGCAUGAAAGCUGUAUGGCUGGGUUACUAUAAUUCAGUACUUCUACCCCUGUAAUCUACAUUCAGACUUUCAGUGUCGAAGUUCUGUUUGAGUUCUGUUGUGUCACUGUCCUGACGAGGACAACUAAGCUUAAAUACUGGGGUUUGUCUCUUGCAUUUGCAACAGUCCAUGUGGAUGCAAAUAGGGGUAUUUACUGCAUGAUUAUUGUCCUGCAUCAUCUUGAUGCAGAUAUGACAUAUGCUGUGGCCUUCCACUUGCUGUAUGUUAUGAUAUUGUACUAAUGGUAAUUAACGUGUCCUCCACUUGC